AUGAAGUUCACUGGGGAUAAUCCAACCAUCCUCCAAGCAGCCUUCAUCCAGCCUAAAGUGCCUUCCUCCAUCUUAAGCAACUAUUCCUCCAAUGGAAAAACCACUAAAGUUGGACCAAGUCUUCUUAGAUUGGAGGAAGAUUUCAAACCUGAGCCAAAACGUUGCUCAGUGAAGUUAUCGGAUAGGGAGUGGGAAAUGAAUAACUUGGAAAUGGAUCUGUCUUCUAAUGGCUCACCAGUAACCAUUAUAGAAAACAUUGCCUCGCAGCUAGUGUGUAGCCCAGUGGAUAAGAAAGUUGCUUUGCGGAUGGAUGAAGAAGAUGAGCUCAGACACUUCCAUGAAUAUUUCCACAUUCCCAAAGCGAAGGAUCUGCCUCCAACUAAUUCAGCUUUAGUGAAUGAGGAUGAAAACUGCAUCUACUUUGCUGGUAAUUCUCUUGGACUUCAGCCAAAGAAAAUUAAAACCUACUUGGAUGAAGAACUUGACAAGUGGGCUAAAAUGGGUGUCUACGGUCAUACGAAUGGUGAGCGUCCUUGGAUUUUUGGAGAUGAGUGCAUUGUCAAAUUUAUGGCUGAUAUUGUCG